AUGAACCUGGAUGCUUUGUUCCAUCAAAUACAGCUCACAGAGAAGCAGGCGGGGGAGAAGAGGCGCCUCAUCCAACAAGCUAAAUUCGACAUAAACAGAAGUUAUGAAAAAAUUAACCAAAUAAAAGAAGAGCUGAGCACUGCAAAAAUGAAAUUAGAAACGAAGGUUCAGCAUCUGUCUGAAAAAAGGUUCUACUUAGAAGUGCUGAAGAAACGUGAAGACAGCUUAGAAAAACAGAAAUCUGAACUAAUUAAUCAAAAAAGUCAUCUUCUUAAAAUCUUCACAGAUGUAAAGAGAAAAAUGACUGAAGAGGAAGACAAUUUUACUAGAGAAGUAACAGAGUUUAAUAAUGAGUAUGGACUAACAAGUAAUAGAGAUCUUCUGAUUAAAAAAAAAGUAAAGACUGAAAUAAAUGAUUUAGAGAAUGAGGCAGCUCUGUUGAAAAAUGAAAUGGAGUCAAUGGAACAUAAAAAUGUUCAGUUAAAUGCACUGCAGCUGCAGAAGAGUGAAUUAAAGCAGGAUUUAUUUACCCUCCAAAGUGAGCUCAAAGAUCUUGAGAAAGUAAUCAGAGAGGCUGAAAGAAUGACAAAAGAUUUGGAAGCAGAAAAAGUCCAAGUCAGUAAAAAGCCUCAGACUGAUCCUGAAUGUUUAAGGCUUAAGAAAGAAUUGGAAAAUUGCAAAGAUGAUGAUUGGGAAAGUAUCUGUGAGACUCUUCGAACAGAAAUUGAAAUUCUGCAAAUGAAUCUAUCACAAAAAAAGUCUUCAGACAAGUGA